GGUGGCCUCACCCUACUAGACCCUAGUUUUCGACGCUCAGGCCCAGCAAGAUGAUGAACACGACAGAAAUCCCAUUUUUCUCAGACGACGCGGGGUUAUACCACUAUGUCCACUCCGCACCGCCCUUCUACUUCACCUCGAAACCGACAAUCCUCGAGUCUGUAUCAGACGAGGUCCUCUCCCUCAUCUCACCCGUCGCUACAUACUGGGUCUACUCCCUUUUCUUCCAUGUCCUAGACUCAGUUGAUUCUACCGCGCUUCAUAAGUACCGGAUACACGAGUCCGCCGAGGUGAAAGCUCGGAACCUCGUUUCGCGCUGGAGCUGUUUCUCCUGGGUUGUGUUUCAGCAGAUUAUCCAGACCGCGCUGGGGUAUUGGUGGCUUGAUUCCUCCGACGAGGGGACAAGCUUCCUCACGGAUCUCGUGUCCAUCAGACAUGGUGUUGUUUUCUCUGCGAAACUCUUGCUUGGUGAGACGACAGCACUGAAGUUCUUACGUGCCUACGGACCUGCAUCCGUCUGGUUCGCGUACUGGUGGGCUAUCCCCACUGCGCAGCUUUUCUUCGCAAUGCUCUGCAUCGACACCUGGCAAUACUUCUGGCACCGCGCCUUCCACGUCAACAAAUUUCUCUACCGUAACUUCCACUCCUGGCAUCACCGUCUCUACGUCCCCUACGCAUACGGCGCUCUCUACAAUCACCCCCUUGAAGGUCUCAUGUUCGACACUAUCGGUACAGCAGUUGCGCAUUCCUUGUCAUUGAUGACUAUCCGUCAAGGAGUCUUCCUUUUUGCAUUCGCUGUUAUGAAAACAAUUGAUGAUCACUGCGGGUACCGCCUCCCACUUGACCCGCUUCAAGUGUUCUUUGGAAAUAAUGCGGAUUAUCAUGAUAUUCAUCACCAGAUUAUCGGCAUCAAAAGCAACUUUGCUCAACCAUUCUUCAUUCACUGGGAUGUCAUCCUGGGUACACGCAUGACUCGCCAGGAGCUCGAACAGAAAACGCGCCGUACGAAGCAAAAAUUAGAUAAAACAUCCUGACGGCGCUCUUCCUCAAGUAUCCUUUGAUGCGCCCACCUCCACUUUACACUUGCACAAUCACGCAUUGGUAUUGUAGUAAUUAUGAUAUAUGAGUUAUUAUUUGAUUUUCCUUUCCUCGUCUGCACUUGAUGCUCCACUCCAGUCCAUUUCGAAAAAAAUCGAAUACUGCUCUCUCCGUUAUUACAGUAAUAUUAUCCCUGUUUGUUUCUUGUCCCUGGUUUAUUUUAGGUUCAGUUUGUUGUACCUACGUGUUCAGGAGGGUAUAUCUUGGUCAGUUAUGUAUUGAUCUAUCUUUCUUGGUCAUUACAAAUACGAAUUUGUAUAAUCUGUUCUGUAAAAGCUUCCUGGAAUGCUAGUCUAAAGGUCACGUAUGGGGUGACGGUGGAGAAGUAGCUCUGCGAGUAAGUAAUGGUAUGAAUGCACGAAGGUAAUAUGCAAUGUGCACUAUAAACGAAAACGCAAGUACGCCAUGAGGAGAGCGGAACAUCCUGUCACGAAACCAACAAGGUAUUGAAGAGUGACAGCCUUCGAAGCCUGGAUAGCCGUGCGUAACUCAGCUAUCUCCCGCUCAAUACGUGUAUCGACUUCCUUAAUCUUGAGUUCUUGUCCAGAAGACGCCUCGCGCAUCCGGCCUUUCUCAAGAUUAAGAUCAAGCCUCACACCAGCCUGCGUACGCGUAAUCUCUUCGCGCAAACGCUGCUUGAGUCGUUCGAGGUCUGUUACAAGUCGGUCGUUCUCUGCUUUCAUCAUCGAUAAAUCGUUCUUUUCCAUCAUUUGUAGCUCGGACUUUAAUUGCGCGAAGUCCACCUUUUGGGUGUAUUGAUGCUUCUCCUGCUCCGGUUUCGUAACCAUAUUACUCGUAAUAUUGCGUAUACUCUCAUCAAUAACCUCCGCCAUCGCAGUCAUGAUUCCUUCGGCCUGUGCGCGGUUUAGUCCCUCGCGUUCUAAGCGCUGCACGAAAUGGUGCGUGUCGAAAUGGAAAUCCUGGACGCUUCGCGAUGUAUGAAAGCUACGAGUCUGCGUAUGCUGUCGAGCAUGAUUUAUCCAACCAGAAUAAGGAGAGAGCACUUCAGGUUGCCGGGAAAGUGAGAGUAUGAACGAGGACUGUGUAGCGCUGCGUGCUUGACGGAAGGCUUGCGUGGCCAGUUGAGCAUUGAUUAACGACUGCAUAGUUACUAC